GCAUACGGCUGGAGAGAGAUGAACCAAACGAUACGGGAUUGGAUCGAGCGCGACCCAUCCCGUCCCGUCCCUUGCCGCCGAGCGGCCAGUCGUUCCCCCACCUCACCACCCACCUCCCUCCGCCGGCCGGUAGGCGACGCGCCCCGGAGCUGCCUGCCCCCCUCUCAGCUUCCCGGCCCGUCUCCCCUUACCAGCGCGGCGAGGUGCCCGGCGGCGACCGGGUUCCGGCAGCCCUAGUAGGAGCACCGGCGCAUCGGCGAUGCCCCUGGUGGUAGCCGGGUCAUCCUCUUCGGGCGGCCCCGCAUUCCCGCCAGGGUUUGCUCUUCAGCCGGCCUACGCUCCAACAGACACCGCUCCGGGAAUGAACUUGGGACAACAUGCCGAUAACAUGCCGGUUAACAACGUUAGUGGCAAGCAGGCUGUUUGGACAACCGCCAUGUCGUCCUUUGUGCUUAAGUUCAUGGCUAACCUGGUGACCAGUGGAACUAGAGCCUCCAACAGUUUCAGGCAAGUUCAUCAUAAAAGCUGUGCAAAGGCUUUGAACGAGCGCUUCAAGCUUCAAGUAACUGCCGCUCAGAUUUCUAACCACCUUCGGAAGUGGAAAAGAAUAUGGGGAAGGGUUAACAAGCUCAAGAGCUUAAGUGGUGCUCUUUGGGAUGAGCAUACAUGCACCAUUGUGCUUGAUCAGGAGCAUUAUGCCAGUCACGUUAAGGACCACCAUAGUGAUGCCGACUUGUUGAACACUCCGAUCGAGCACUAUCAUGAGAUGGCUACAAUCUGUGGCAACGGCAUGGUUUCAGGUGUAUAUGCUAGCAGGAGUAGCAAUGAGCUUCUUUCCACAGACGUGGCUGAUGAUGAAUUUGAAAAUGAAGAUACCAAUGGGGAGAGUGACCCUAUUGCUACAAAUGUGACUGAGAAUGAAAUGGAAAACAGAAAAACUAAUGAAGCGAGUGACCCUCUUGCUAUCGUUGUGAUCGAGAAUGGCAAAACCUGUGAAGAGGCCACACAAUCUUUUACUAACACUGAUGGAGGAAACUUUGGUGAUCCCUCUAGCAGUUUACCACCACCAAAGAAGGCCAAGAUGUCUCACUUGGAUUUAUCACAACAACGCGAUGCUCCAGCUAUGCAGCCAGACGUGGGUAUAUCACAUGGAAUGAACUUGGAACAGCAUGCGGAUAACAUUGCGGAUACUAAUGGUGGUGGUGGGCAACUUGUUUGGACAAAUGCCAUGUCAUCCUUUGUGCUUCAGUUCUUGACUAACCUAGUGGCCAGUGGAACUAGACCCUCUCAUGUUUUCAAGCAAGUUCAUCUUAAAAGUUGUGCUCAGGCUUUGUGUGAGCACUUCAGGGUUCAAGUGAAUGCUGCACAGAUUUCUAACCAUCUUAGGAAAUGGAAGAAAAUAUGGAAAAAGGUUAACAUACUCAAGAGUUUAAGUGGCGCUCUUUGGGAUGCGAAUACUUGCACCAUUGUGCUUAAUCAUGAGCAUUACACAGCUCACGUUAAGGACCACCAUCAUGAUGCUGAUUUCUUGAACACUCCAAUUAAGAACUACCGUGAGAUGGCGACAAUCUUUGUCAAAGGCAUGGCUUCAUCCAGGCCAGCUAGGAGUAGCAACGAGUCUCUUGCUAGGGGCGCGCCUGAGAAUGGAAUCGAAAAUGAAAACGUGAAUUGGGUGAAUGCCCUUAUUCCUAAAGGUGUUGAAGAGGCCGCAAUGUCUUUUACCAGCACCGAUGAAGGGAACAGUGGUGAUUCGUCUGACAGCUUACCUCCCCCACCCCCACCAAAGAAAGCCAAGGUAAAAAACGAUGACAGGCUGCUAUGUACCAUGACCCGUGUUCUCGAUCGCCUAGCAGAAGCCAUAGAGAAAUGCAGUAGGAGAGACACUGAUGUCCCCGACGACCUUUGGGCGAACAUGAAGAGCCUCCCAGGGUUUGAACAGGAGCAUCUUGCCCACUACUAUGCUUAUUUGUGCGAGAAUGCUCACGUUGCCAGGGCAUUUGACAAGCUUAGCGUGCCUCACAAAACGAUCUGGGUUAAUAGGUACAUCAAGAACCACCUCUCGGCCUAGUUGGUACCUACGAUGGUAGGGUUGGGCUAUGGUAAUACUUACUCCCUCUAGUGUCAAAAACGUUCUUAUAUUAUGGGACGGAGGGAGUAGUUUUUUGUAUGGACCAUAACAUAGGAAUGCAGCUGAUCUUUAUAUGCGUGAUCCUGUACAUGCUAGAAGAUGCCAUGGUUUGGUAUGAUAAUUGGAGAUGGAGGAUGUCACAUGCUGAAUGCCGUGUUAGGCAGGCAUGUCAGGAUGAGCCAGGAAGGCAAAGUAAUUUUAUGUUUGAUGUUUUAACUGAUGCUGUUCUCAGCUCACUUGGUCAUUGUUGCCAUAUUGUUAUUGGGACGCUUGCUGGUAUGUACUA